AUGGUCAUGAUUCGCCCGUUCGACAAGAAAAAGGUGAAAAUCGAGAUCGAUCCAAGGAUAAAAAUCAAAACCGUCGACGCAAUGGUUGCCGGUGUGAACAUCGAUGAGUGGGAGAAAGAGCAAUCGGAGAUGAUUUUCGAGUAUGACUACUGCCCGAUCGGAUUAAAUCACAUAGCUGGGGUGAAAGGCUGGUUUUGGCUGAACUCGGGACUUAUGAUGGAUUGGGUGGCCCGCUGCGAUCGGUGUUCCACUCAUUCCCCAGCUAUACGCCGCUUAUUGGUCCGGAAUAUGGGUGGUUGGUGUGUCGGAGCAAUGAUGAUGGAAGCCCGGCUCAAAGAUGAACUUCUACGAGCGAUCGAAGAGUUUCUGCUUGCCAGGACAUUGGCUUUUCAGGGCCAUUUAUCCCAGCAUGAUCCC